AUGGCCCUGCUGUGUGUGUGUGUGUGCAUGUGUGUGUGUGUGUGUCGGUUUGUGUGAGCCUGCAACCAGAGGGAUCAGACGCAGUGUCCAGAUCUCAGGGUUAAAAUUCAUUCCCAGCAGACCUUGAGAAAGCCACUGUUUCAAAGUGGCCUCUCUCUCAGUUAAAACACUUCUGCUGCCAGGAAAAUACAGAACUCCACCUUCUAUAUAGGCUGCAGCUGAAGAGGACUAGGGAAGAAGAAGGUGUCUUAGUGUGUGUGUUAUGGAAAGUGCAACUUUAUUUUCUUUUACAUAUAUGGUUUACAAUUGGUUGUUACUCAACUUACACAGGUCUUGUAUAAUUUUGAAAUGGAACAUGAAGCAGUCACUCAUCACCUACACUUUAUGAGCUUGAAGAGUAAGGUUAGCAUGGGAGAGAUGCAGAGACUUUACAUUAUUACAGCAUAGACAGAUCCAGAAGGCCAAGGCUGUGAGCUGUGGGACUGGGAUAGUGAGCUGUGGGACUGGGAUAGUGAGCUGUGGAACUGGGAUAGUGAGCUGUGGAACUGGGAUAGUGAGCUAUGGGACUGGGAUAGUGAGCUGUGGGACUGGGAUAGUCAGCUGUGGAACUGGGAUAGUGAGCUGUGGGACUGGGAUAGUGUGCUGUGGAACUGGGAUAGUGAGCUGUGGAACUGGGAUAGUGAGCUGUGGGACUGGGAUAGUGAGCUGUGGAACUGGGAUAGUGAGCUGUGGGACUGGGAUAGUGAGCUGUGGGACUGGGAUAGUGAGCUAUGGGACUGGGAUAGUGAGCUGUGGAACUGGGAUAGUGAGCUGUGGGACUGGGAUAGUGAGCUGUGGAACUGGGAUAGUGAGCUGUGGAACUGGGAUAGUGAGCUAUGGGACUGGGAUAGUGAGCUGUGGGACUGGGAUAGUCAGCUGUGGAACUGGGAUAGUCAGCUGUGGAACUGGGAUAGUGAGCUGUGGGACUGGGAUAGUGAGCUGUGGAACUGGGAUAGUCAGCUGUGGAACUGGGAUAGUCAGCUGUGGAACUGGGAUAGUGAGCUGUGGGACUGGGAUAGUGAGCUGUGGAACUGGGAUAGUGAGCUGUGGGACUGGGAUAGUGAGCUGUGGGACUGGGAUAGUGAGCUGUGGGACUAG